CGGCUGGAGCUGCGCCGGGGGCCGCUCCCGCCCGCUCGCCGGCCUGGCCUCCGUCGCCCGCUCACCCGCCGCCCCGCUCUCCGCUUCGCUCCCCGCCGCGUCCCGGCGCGAAGAUGGCAACCGAUGGGCUGCACGAGAACCAGACGCUGGCGUCGCUGAAGAGCGAGGCCGAGAGCCUCAAGGGCAAACUGGAGGAGGAGCGGGCCAAGCUGCACGACGUGGAGCUACACCAGGUUGCAGAGCGGGUGGAGGCCCUGGGGCAGUUUGUCAUGAAGACCAGAAGGACCCUCAAAGGCCAUGGGAACAAAGUUCUCUGCAUGGACUGGUGCAAAGAUAAGAGAAGGAUCGUGAGCUCAUCCCAGGAUGGGAAGGUGAUCGUGUGGGAUUCCUUCACUACUAACAAGAUCCUGACGGCGAGCGGCGAUGGCACAUGUGCCCUGUGGGACGUGGAGAGCGGACAGCUGCUGCAGAGUUUCCAUGGGCACGGGGCCGAUGUGCUCUGCUUGGACCUGGCCCCCUCAGAAACAGGCAACACCUUCGUGUCUGGGGGAUGUGACAAGAAAGCCAUGGUGUGGGACAUGCGCUCUGGCCAGUGCGUGCAGGCCUUUGAAACACACGAAUCCGACAUCAACAGUGUCCGAUACUACCCAAGUGGAGAUGCCUUUGCUUCAGGAUCAGAUGAUGCUACGUGUCGCCUCUACGACCUCCGGGCAGACAGGGAGGUCGCCAUCUAUUCCAAAGAGAGUAUCAUAUUUGGAGCAUCCAGUGUGGACUUCUCCCUCAGUGGUCGCCUGCUAUUUGCUGGAUACAAUGAUUAUACCAUCAAUGUCUGGGAUGUUCUCAAGGGGUCCAGAGUCUCCAUCCUGUUUGGACAUGAAAACCGCGUUAGCACUCUACGAGUUUCCCCCGACGGGACUGCUUUCUGCUCAGGGUCAUGGGAUCAUACCCUAAGAGUCUGGGCUUAAUCGUCUCUUCACAAUGCACACCUGAGAGUAGAAUUUGAAAUCAUCACAUGUAAACAGAUCUUUCUUCUAGAGGAUCUGAGGGCUACUGCAACUUAGCUUAAAGGAGCAACUCUAUGGCUGAAGUUCACUCAGCGUCCCCAGUAUUAUCAUUAAAACUACCACCCUUGGAAAGAUACUGGUGUGAGCCUCCAGCACUAGGACACCUUCAAGUACAGUGUCUUGCAUUUUGAA